GGAUGUUGAUCAUUAUGUAAGCUGAUUACUUUGAUUUUUACAACAAUAAUUUCUAAAUCAUAACAACACUGAUUGAAGAAGGAAGCCAUUGUGUUCACAUGCCAUAACUGGAAAACGAUCAGCCAGCCAACCGAUUGCAUCAUGCAAAUGCAAACUUAUAAACAAAACAAUAAAAAUUCCAAUGGGAAGUAUAUCCUGUAUGAUGAUUAAAAUUGGCAAAAACCAUAAUAGUGAAUCAAUGAGUUUAAAGUAAAUUUCUGAACAAAACAACAACAACAGCAAAUACAAAAAUCCACUAUAACACUAAUAAUAACAAAGGCAUCAUAAUCGAAAAAUAUAUGAAUGAAAGAAGGAAACAAAAAAAUAAAAACUGAACGUUGUAACAUUGGCUCAUUCAUGCAUUGAGGGCCAAAUACAAUAGGCUUUUGCUGGGUACUUCAACUGAAACACAUAAUCAUAUACCUUUACGAAAAAUCAUAAUACACAUACACUUACGUAUACAAAUGUGGAUUAUGCACUUACAUACACAUUUACUAACUACACAGAUAUACAACAAUAGCCUGAUAUGCCAUGGCCCGAAACAAACUUAUCAAAAUAAUAAAAACCAACAUAGCAGCAGAAGCAGCAGCAACAGCAACAGAGUCACUAGCACCAGCAGUGGCUAUAGUUACAACAGCAGCAUUAACAACUACAACAACCCAAUCAUCUAUGAAAGUGAAUGCUUUGCAGCAACAACAACAACAAGACGAAUACUCGCCCACACGAUUACAUCAAAAUUGCAACAAUUUUCAUCAACAGCACGAACAUCAUCAUCACCACCACUAUCGUCCAACAUCUCAUCAAGAGCCAGAAUACGAACACGAACAAUGCAUACACGGCAACUGCUAUCAAAACUUUCUAGAGACUCCUACCGUGUACUGUCUACGUGCCGAUAAUACUGCCCAGAGUAUAACGCUCUCCUUUAAGGUGAGAAGAAAAUCAAAGCAUUUCACCAAUACUCCACGAACUUCUCUUAAUUUACCUCUGUUUGACACCCUGAAACGAUUUCGCAGCAUACCUCUGAUACAGUUGCUGUGGCUGCUGUGCUGUCUCAGCAAUAUAUUUCACAAAUCGAUGGCCGAGUGCCCUAGUGUUUGUGAGUGCAAGUGGAAGAGUGGCAAAGAGUCUGUUUUGUGCCUUAACGCUAAUUUAACACAUAUCCCAGCUCCGUUGGAUGCUGGUACCCAAGCUUUGGAUCUGACCGGUAACGAAAUUGCCACCAUACCCGAUGACACCUUUGCCGAAGUGAAUUUAUUGAAUUUGCAAAAGGUAUAUUUGGCCAAAUGUCGACUGCGGCUAAUAGAGCGUUACGCGUUUCGUGGUCUUAUCAAUCUAGUAGAGUUGGAUCUAAGCUAUAAUGCUUUGGCUCAUAUACCUUCCGAUGCUUUGGAGAGUGUUACGGAACUGAGAGAAUUGAAAAUGAAUGGUAAUCCUAUAAUGAUAGUAGGCAAUGAUGCCUUUAAGAAAAUGCAGCAUUUGGUAAGACUGGAACUGAGUGAUUGUCGUGUGGAGAGAGUAGAGGUAAAGGCUUUUGCUGGUCUAGAGUCUAGUCUGGAAUAUUUAAAGUUAGAUGGCAAUAAAUUGUCUGAAGUGAGAUCGGGUACUAUAACGUCACUAACAAAUCUGCAUGGCAUUACUCUGUCCCGCAAUCAGUGGAAUUGUUCCUGUGCUUUAAGACCUUUAAGAUCUUGGAUGUUAAGAGAGAAUAUACCCUGUGGUAUACCGCCAGUAUGUCAAAAUCCUCCCCGUUUAGCGGGCAAGUCAUGGGACAAAAUAGAUUUAGACGAUUUUGCCUGUGUGCCACAAAUUAUAGCCACUGAUACGACAGCUCAUGGAGUAGAAGGUAGAAAUGUAACCAUGAGCUGUUAUGUGGAAGGAGUACCAGAGCCUUCCGUUAAAUGGAUGGUGAAAAAUCGUGUAAUUGCCAAUCUAACCGCCACCAAUGGGGAUAGUCCUUCAAACAGCCCCAGAACAGCGGCUGCUAUACAAGGCAGAAAAACAUAUGUGGUAAAUAUGUUACGAAAUGCCUCCAAUCUCACCAUACUCACGGCUGAUAUGCAAGAUGCUGGCAUUUAUACUUGUGCAGCUGAAAAUAAAGCCGGAAAGGUGGAAGCAUCCGUUACGCUGGCUGUAUCUAGACGACCGCCAGAGGCUCCUUUAGGAUUCAAAGUUAUUUUACUCUGCAUAUUCAUUGCUCUACUCUUUGUCGCCGGCUCAUCAUUUGCUGCCAUAUGUUUCUGUUCAUUGCGCCGCAAAAGGAAAAUGCGUUUGUGGAAUACUAUGCCGCAGGGUCGUACAGAAAGUUAUGAAAAAAUCGAAAUGACUUCACGUAUUACGGGUGGUGGUGGCAUUGGUGGAGCUGGCAAUAAUGGCGGACCUACCAACAAACCGGAUUUGGGUGGCAAAACUGGUAUGCAGGAAACAAGCAAAAACGGCAGCACACAGGGACAAAUUUUUCAUGACAAUGAAAACGGCUAUUUGUGCUCUGCCACUACCCCACUCAAUUGUGGCUCUGAUGACGGGGGUGAUACGGGUGGUGCAAUCAUUAAUCCCAGCGGUGGCAGUUCCAAACGUAAUGGUGAUUAUCGUAACAUACCCACGCAUUGCGAUGAUGAUGAUAACGAUCACAUGCAGCAUCAACAGCAACAUCAUCAGGGCUUUGGUGGCGGUAGUCACAAAACCUACCAACGCAGUCUAUUGUUGGCAUCUACCACAACACACAAUGGUACACUGACAACAACAACAACCUCUUUAACAGCGCCGAGGUGGAAAACGGGUUCAGCAUUUCAAUCAUCUACACCUCAGGACACAGUAAUGCAUUUGGAUGGCGGCGUUAGUGGCACACAAACGAGUGGCUUAAAAGACGACACAGAUUUGCAUAUACCACGUCUUAUUGAUAUUGGGUCUACUCCCGAUUCUGCCUCAGCCUCUAUAUCUAGUAAAGUUGAUGCUGCUUCAAGGCAAAGUUCGGCCUACAAUCAUGUUGCCAAUUGGGUAACCACCUCUAUAGCAACAACGAAAAUAACAUCACCCCACAGUAAUCUUAAUAACAAUCAUACAACAGUGGACUAUUAUAGUCCCAAAGAAGAGGCCAAUUCAUCAAUAUUUAGUGGCAAAGACUCAUCAGAUAAUGAUCUCUUCGAUAGCAACUAUCCGGAUCUGUUAGAUAUAGCUAAAUAUGCGGUAGCUCAGGCUACAAGUACAAAUCAAACUAAUGGGGCUUUAUGUACUCUGCCCAGAAAAUUAAAGAAUACCGGUAAAUAUUUUAAAAAUUCCUCGGAUAGUCAAUCACCUUUGCUGGCGGAUAAUUCGAGUAAGUAUGGCAGCAGUACUUUAGGAGAUGCUAGUUAUCUUAAUGAAAUCGCUUUGGGUAGAAGAUUCUCGGCGGAAUCUUCAUACUCCACCUAUGGCAGUACAGUCACUUAUACCAAGGGACAAAGAUCGAAUAGUUUUUUGAAUCUGGUGCAUAGUUCAAGUAAAAAUACUUUAGCUUCUUCUAAUAAUAAUAAUAAAACAACAGUAACGAGUAGUAGCACGGCUGCGCGCAGAAAUCCCUCAUUACCCUCUUCACCGGUGCAUGAGUAUCAGCAGCAUCAAAGAUCAUUUAGUUCGGCUGCUACUCCUCUACUGGACUUUAGCUCUCUAACCAAUAGAUCUACGGCCACUACCGGCUCGGCCGUUACACCCAGUGGCUUAAGUACUUCAAUGCAUUGCAGUAGCACUAGUACCACCACACCCGUAACGGCCUAUGACUAUCAUGCAGCCCAGCUAGAACGUUUUCUCGAAGAGUAUCGCAAUCUACAAGAUCAAUUGUGUAAAAUGAAAGAGACUUGUGAGACCAUACGCAAAAAAGAAGUACCCCUUAGAGUGGGUAUGGGUCAUUCGGCCCAUGCCGCUGAUCCUGUGAUGUAUAAUGCUGCUUUGGCUGCGGCCAGCAGUCCUACUAGUAAUCCAAAAAUGACUUUAAAAUCGAAAACUACACUACCGGGACAACCACCAGAUCCUCCGCCAUAUUGGCUGCAUCGCAAUGCAAUGCUAAAGCGUUUAAAUGAACCCCAGAAUGAUAUAUUCAAAAGCUAAUGAACCUGUGUACAGUUGCAAAUACAAUUAAGUCAAUUUAAUUUACGAUCUCAAAAAAGUUGUUGGUUUUAAGUUAAGCGAAAAAAAUGUAAUGUAAAGAAACAAAAUGGAAAUUUAUUUAAUUAGGUAACUUUUUGCUAAGUGUAUUUAAUAAUGAAGGGGUAAUAAUUGAAGAGGGAGGAAUUAUAAAUUUUCUUAUGUUUCGAUCAAAGCAAGUACUUAUAUGGAAAGUUCUUUUAUGAAAAGUUUAUUUCAUCGAAACAGGUUCCUACAAAAAGUUUGUUUCGAUAGAAUAAAAUCCUUCUGUUAAUAUAAUUUUAGUUUCGAUCAAAACAAGAUUAUCUACGAAAUGUUUACUUAAAAAUUCUUCUAUGAAAAGUCCUUCCACGAAUAGUUUGUGUCGAUCUAAACAAGAUCAUCUACGAAAUUUUUGUUUCAAAGUUCUUCUAUGAAAAGUCUUUCCAAGAAUAGUUUGUGUCAGUCUAAACAAGAUCAAUUGUGUCAAUCUAAACAAGAUCGAAAUGUUUGUCUCAAAGAUCUUCAGUGUAUGUUUGUUUCGGUCAAAACAAGUCCUUCUAUGGAAUGUUUGUUUCAAAGCUCUUCUAUGAAAAGUCCUUCCACGAUUAGUUUGUGUCAAUCUAGACAAGAUCUUCUACGAAAUGUUUGUUUCAAAGUUUUUCUAUGAAAAGUCCUUCCACGAAUAGUUUGUGUCAAUCUUAACAAGAUCUUUUGUGUCAAUAUAAACAAGAUCGAAAUGUUUGUUUCAAAGUUCAUCAAUGUAAGUUUGUUUCGGUCAAAACCAGUCAUUCUAUGAAAAGUUUGUGUAGAUCAAAAGAAGUUUUUCUAGGAAAAGCUAAAAAAAGUUUUUGUAUGAAAAUUCGUUCCGAUUGAAAGUUCUACAAUUAAAAUUUGUUUGGAUCAAAACAAGUCCAAGAAAGUUUGUUACAUUCUUAACAAGAUCUUGUACAAAAAUUUAGAAUUUUAAUUGCAUAAUUAUUUAAGGUCCAAUUACAAUGGAUAUUUUUAAAUAGCUCUGCUAUUUAGUAAAAUUUUUCCACCAUCUGCUCUCUUACAAAACCCCUUCUUCUAAAAUUAAAAUGAAUAAUAAAUAAAAAAAUUAUAAAUAUAUUUUUUCAUAAAAUCUUAGUUCCUUUAUCCAAAGAAAUUAAAACAAAUUAUAUAAAUAAAAAAUAACAUUUAAAGAAAAAUCGAAAAAAUAACAACUAGUAAAGACAUAAAACUUAUGUUUGAGCAAAAGAAAAGAAGAGAUAUUUUGUAUUCAAUAUGAAAAAAAAACUCGCAUUUAUACAGCUAAGCUUCAAAACAUAUAACACACAGAUACAAACGAAUACAUACAUAUAAACAAACAACAUAUCAAAUACUUACAUAAACAUACAAAAUUAUACAGGACAACAACUAACUACAUAAUCAUACAUUUAUUCCAAAAAAAUUAACAAAAAAAGUAAAGAAAAUAAAUCUUAAACAAACUGUAACAUAGCUACAAAAAUAAAUGAAAACCCCAAAAAUUUUCUCUUUAACAUUUAAAUAAACAAAAGAAAAAAAUAUCAAUAGAAUACAACCAAAAAAAUAUAUAAAAAAAUUUUUCUUCUCUCUUUUUAGUAAAAUAUUACCAAAAAAAUAUAUAUUAAAUAUUUAAGCUAAAUUUUAAGCAGGUCUAUUGUCUAUAUAUAUAGAAAUAUAUAAAUGUAUAUUUACUUAAAUUGAACAAAAUCAAACAAUUCAAGAAAUUAUAGAUUUCCGUUUUAUUGUUUUUUUUUCUGUUAUUAUUUUUGCAAAAUGAAU